AUGGAAGGUCUACAAACUUCGCAGUUGCAACAACAACAAAUGCAGAAUGAGUUCCGUACUGAACUCGAGGAAAACAACAAAAGAAUGGAAGGCUUGGUAGCUGAAAUGAAGCAGGAGUUCAAUGCUUUCAUAAGAGCAAUGAUAAGCAAGGAAAGAGCUAUUCCAGAAGAAGACAGACCGAGAGUGGAACAGGCACCACUCUUACCAACUCCUCUAUUAAAUCAGAGGCUACAGAUGGGAUCUGAAAUCAGCAGAGCAGCAAGGAAGGAAACAAGUAAGAUUUUGAUACCAAAUCCUCCUAGAAUCCAUUUACCUAUGUUUAUUGGUGAAAAUUCGAGGGAGUGGAUCCGGAAAUGCAAUACGUACUGCCUAAAUUACCAAAUUCCUGAGGAUCAAAAGGUGGAAGUCAUAGAAAUAUUCAGCACCUAUCAGGAAUUUAACAAACUGAGGCAAUCUAGCAAAGUGGAGGAGUACCAAGAAAAGUUUGAAGAACUUAAAACUCUUAUGAUGAUUAGGAAUCAGCAUUUAGAUGAGGAAUAUUUUGUGUCUAGCUUCAUCAGUGGACUUAAGGAUGAAAUCAAAACUAUGAUAAUGAUGCUUAAGCCUGCAACCCUGUCAGAAGCCUUUGACUUGGCUGCACUACAGGAGGAGGCAUUAAGGCUACAAACAAGGACCUUCAAAGAAGGAGGGAAAAUGGUGCCUGAAGACAGAUUUGGGAUUUCCAGGAGUCCUUCUCAGCACCAGACCCACAAUUCUCACUACAGGGUGCUUUCUACUAGUACAUUCAGGAAUACUUCAUUCAAAGGCAAAACAAUGUCUACCUCGGGUUCUGAACCUAUGAGGAUCUCAGCACAAGAGGUACAACACAGGAGGAAUAAUGGUCUUUGUUUCAAGUGUGGAGAGAAGUUUGGACAGGGUCAUCAGUGUAAAUCUGGUCACCUAAACCUUCUGGUUACUGACGAAGAAGAAGAGUCUGAGUUUGAAGAUGCAUUGGGGGAGCAAGAUGAGUCCACAGGGAAUCCAGGACACAUCAUAGAAAUGUCCUUGCAUGCAUUGUCAGAGGCUAUGAAAAGAAAGACAAUAACACUGAUAGGGAAGUGGGAUGGAGAGGAAAUGCUCAUUUUAGUUGACACUGGGAGUUUAGACAGUUAUAUCAGCAAUGAGGCCUGUGUGACCAGUAAAGCCAUCUGUCCCAAAGUGUCAUGGGAAAUGAGCCAGCAUAAGUUCUGCUUUGAUCUCAAAGUGAUGGACUUAAGUAGUUGGGAUAUGAUAUUGGGAGUAGAUUGGAUGACUCACUUCAGCCCCAUUACUUUUGACUUCCAUCAGUUGACUAUCUUCCUGCAUAAUCAAGGUGAAGUAGUGCAAUUGAGGGGGCAAGCAGAAAAUUGUGACUUAGAUCUCAUCAGGGGUAAUGACCUGAGAAAUUUCAUUGACUAUAAGAAACAGAUGUGCUUGGCUUUGAGGAUGGGACAGAGUAAGUUGUCUGAAGAAUUUGUUAUGCCUACUGAGGUUCAGCACAUCAUUGAAGAAUUUAGUGAUAAAGGUGAAAUAGAAAAGCAGGUAAAAGAUAUGAUGCGGCAUAGGAUCAUUAGCCAUAGCAAUAGCCCCUUUGCCUCACUAGUGUUAUUAGUCAAGAAAAAAGAAGGCAUAUUGCGUUUUUGUGUGGAUUACAAGCGUUUGAAUGAGAUGACUAUUAAAGACAGGUAUCCUAUACCAAAUAUAGAUGAACUGAUCAAUGAAUUAACAGGAUCAAGGUAUAAAACCAAAUUGGACCUUACUUCUGGCUACCACCAGAUCAGAAUCAAGCCCAAGGAUACUCAUAAGACUACUUUUCAGAUUCACUGUGGUCACUAUGAAUUUCUGGUGAUGCCAUUCAGAUUAACCAAUGCACCAGCAACAUUUCAGUCUCUUAUGAAUCAGAUAUUUCAACCAUACUUAAGGAAAUUUGUUUUGGUAUUCUUUGACGACAUCUUGAUUUACAGCUCCACAUUGGAAUUGAAUUUAGAGCACUUGAAAAUAGUGCUAUCUGUCCUGAGAAAGCACAAGCUAUUUACAAAGAGAUCCAAAUGCUCCUUUGCACAGCAAAAGGUGGAUUAUCUUGGCCAUACCAUAACUGAAAAUGAGGUAUCCAUGGGCCAGUCCAAGAUUGAAAGUAUCAUGAAUUGGCCCACUCCUAGGACAAUAAAAGAUUUGAGGGGAUUUUUGGGGCUGACUGGAUAUUACAGAAGGUUCAUCAAGCACUAUGGGAUCAUCUACAAACCACUCACAGAGUUACUCAAGAAGGAUAAUUUUGUUUGGAAUGGUAGAGCAAAGAAGGCCUUGAAGUCACUGAAACACAUCAUGUGCAAGGCUCUUGAAGGCCAUCCUAUAGCCGUCCUAAGCAAGGCAUUAUCAACUAGGAAUUUGGGGCUAUUAGCUUAUGAGAAAGAGCUACUGGCACUGUUGAUGGCAAUGACCAAGUGGAAACACUACCUGCUAGGAUACCAUUUCAUUAUUAAAACAGAUCAUCAGCCCCUGAAGUACUUGCUACAUCAGAAACUCACCACUGCAUUGCAACAUAAAUGGUUGGCUAAAUUGCUUGGCCUGGAUUAUGAGAUUCAGUACAAAAAGGGAGCAGAAAAUAAAGUAACUGAUGCACUGUCUAGACUACAUGCAAGAAAUACAGAUCAAGCAGCUCAACAAGGGUCCUGCUUGGCCAUCUCCACUGUUAAACCACUAUGGAUACAAGAACUUCAAGAGAGUUAUGAUUCUGAUCCUCAGUGCCAGAAUAUCAUUUCCUCAUUAUUACUGGAUCCAGCUGCUCAUUCACAAUAUGAAUGGGACAAUGGACUAUUAAAGUACAGUGGCAAACUUUAUGUAGGAUCGACUAAUGGAUUAAGGGAUAAGUUGAUCCAAACUUUGCAUGAUUCUGCAAUUGGAGGACAUUCUGGACAAAGAGGGUGCUGGUAG